AAGAUAUGCAGGUGAGAAUGAUAAACUAUAUUUUGUUUAUGGGGCCUACUAAAUAGAGACACAUUGACUUUCGCCUACAGGUAGGAUGAAAAUAAAAGAUUGACAGAUUGUAAGAUGCCUCACCUUUGCCAAGUAAGCAAUCAUGCUAGAGGGAGUUCUCGAGUCAACUUUGCUACUGAAAUCCAAGCCAUGAUGUAUGCACUCGGUGAUUGCCGAAAACCUCUUAGAGAAUCGGCGCUUUUGGUGGAAGCAGCUGUUCAGCAAAAGAUGUUGUCUAUACUGAACAAGUCGGCUCAGAUCUGCAUAUCAAGAGGAGGACGCUUCAUUGGGAUCGAAGACUUUCUUUACUUAAUGAGACUCGACCGAGUGAGAUUAAGACGCCUUCUACGAUUUUUAAGUUUCAAGGACAAUAAACUCUUGAAAACACUAUCUGAUGAAGAAGACCCAUCGGAAUCAGCUUUUGGAGUUGAUUCCAAGCCAACAAACACUUCUAAACGCCAGAGGAUAGCCUAUGAGUUUCUUAGCAUGAUUGACCAAACUGGUGAAUUUGUUAGUCUGUUUGAAGAUGACGGCAUAGACCAAGUGAAGCAGGAACGUUUAGAGCGAGUUGAUGAAAUGACAAAGAAGAUGGACUCCGCAUCGUACCAAGAUUUUUCUGAGUCUCGUCAAGUUAAUUUCUACAAAAAAAUUGCAAAGUUCAAGGAGUGGGUGGUCUAUAGCGAACUAGAGCCAAAGCCAAACUCAUCCGCCAUUGAGGUACUAACAUACCUGGCCUAUGAAACAGUAGCAGAGAUUGUAGAUUUAUCAUUAUAUGUAAGAAGAGAUAUGAAUUCAGCAUUUCUAGAGCCGAACGAUAAACUGAGUGCUCCCAAGUUUGUAAAUAGCGGAAUAUGUGCUGGACAGUUUCAGAUGUCACAUAUGAAAUCCCACUCUAAGAAAGCAUCAGAUCAAGCCUCCCCACCUGCUUCACCCUCAUCCAGUUUGGUAUCUCCCAGUAUUACAUCAUCAAACAAUUUCGCUUCUCUUGCUGGCUCAACUAACCAAUCGCAGACUGAAUUUGCACAGCCUUCAGAUAUUAAGACAGGUUCAACAUUAGGAAAAGCCAAGGCUAAGAAACGGAAAAAGGCAAGUGGGCCAUCGCCAUAUGAAGUAGCAGUAGCCAACGCCUUACAGCCACACCAUAUCCGAGAAGCUAUCAGACGAUUUUGGAAUAGAUCAGAACAAAUGGGCUUCUAAGUUUAAACUACUUUGCUCAAAAACGUCAAAAAGAACUCGUUUUUUUUUCUCUGCAUUGCAGUGCAUAUUUUGUUAUUAGUGUAGUGACUUUGUUUUGUAUUAUACUAGUACAAAUUCCUAAUAAAGUAAUAAGUUUAGGAGACCCAUCACCAGUGGGUUGUAAAAAAUAUACACACUAACAACGAAUGAAAUCGUAGUAAACACGGACAAGUGUAUUUAGCUGAGGCUAAAAGUUGAGCAAGUUAAUUGGCUGAGUUGUUAAAACAAGAGGGCCACAAAUUACAGUCAUAUAAGUGUGCUAACCAUUGUUCACAGGAAAAAAAAGGAUCCAAGGAACUCCAAAACAAGCACAUUUUUGGUUUAAAUUCUGUGUCUGUGGUCUGCAUACGCUACUGUGUUUGAAAUAUUUGUAUACGCUACUGUGUUUAUAAUAUUAUAUAUGGAUAAGGACUAUAAACCAUAAACCCUGUGACUCUUGUAAGGAAGUUACUGUUAUGAGCUAGUCUAUGCAUAUAAAGUGCUAUUAUAUAUAGCUGUAUAAAGCAUUGUAUAAAUCUACUACAUUUGCACUGUUUCAAGACCAUCCUUGGUCAUGGUUCUGGUGGAACAGAGCCAAGUCUUCUUGGUUAAUGACAAUAAGCCAUGUGAACACAAAAUAGGUUAUUCUUUAAGAAUAACAGGAUUACGACAGCAUUCUGAUCCAAACCACUAAUCUCUGUUAAAAUAGCUGGAUUGCUCAUUGGCUGGUAUUAGUGAAGCCCAAAACAUCACAGACACUUCAUCACAAAGCAAAACUUUAGAACCACCAACUAUUUGACAACUGCAGAAACAGGUUUACUGAGUGGUUAGAGGAUGUGCAAAAAACGUUUAAUAAUUUUUUUAAAAUUAAGUAUUGCAAGAAUCUUUACAAAUGUAAACAACUUGUCUAGACUGUACUGCAUAUGGUGUCAGUGGCUUCACUUCUUUCUGUACUGUGAUUAGCCUAUGAGCAAUCCAGGUAAAUGUGUUCUUAGUCUUCUUUUUUUCACUUACACUAUUAUAAAACAUGUGUCUUAUCUAUCAAAACAAAAAUGUAGUUAAGGAUGUGUUAUUUUAUAAGGAAAUAAGAAAAAAGUAUUUCUAAUUAAAAA